AUGGCAACCAAGAAGAUGAAUGUUUUGGUUUACUCUGGUAAUGGAAGCACAACAGAAUCCGUGCGUCACUGCAUCUACACUCUACGACGCCUCCUCUCACCAGCGUACGCUGUCAUUCCGGUGACAGGCGACAUCAUCAUCAAAGAGCCAUGGAUGCCCACCUGUGCUCUUCUCGUUUUCCCCGGCGGUGCAGAUCUCGGCUACUGUCGAACUCUAAACGGCGAGGGAAAUCGCCGCAUCGGCCGUUACGUCAACUCCGGCGGUUCAUUCCUUGGCUUCUGCGCUGGAGGCUACUAUGGCUGCGCAAGAUGCGAAUUCGAAGUUGAUGAUCCUAAAAUGGCGGUCGUGGGAGAUAGAGAGCUGGGCUUCUUCCCCGGCAUCUGUAGAGGUUUAGCGUUUCCGGGGUUUGUGUAUCAUUCGGAGGCUGGUGCAAGGGCGGCGGAAUUGAAAAUUCAUGAGAGCGCGUUUGCGGACGGAAAGCAUGGGUUACAGAAGACGUUCAAAAGCUAUUAUAAUGGUGGUGGAGUGUUUGUGGAUGCGAAGAAGUUGGAGAGUCGGGGCAUCGAGAUUCUUGCAAGUUACACUGAGGAUUUGAACGUCGACUCAGGAGAAGGUGCCGCAGCAGUAGUCUACCGAAAAGUAGGCGACGGCCAUGUCGCUCUCACUGGACCGCAUCCCGAAUUCGCACCUAACAACCUUACGAAAAGCCCCAAGCUGCCCUCCUACUCCGCCGCCAUCGACGCUAUCUCCAGCACCGACAACACACGCAUCGCCUUCAUGCGCCUACUCCUCCAAAAGCUGGGCCUCAAAGUUAAUGAGGAAGAACAAGCGGUACCGUCUCUCUCCCAUCUGCAUCUCUCGUCUUAUACGCCUGCAGACGUCUCCGACCUGGUCGCCUCGUGGUCGGAAAUCUUUACUCUAGUCGAUGGCGACGAGUAUAUUAAGGGUGAGAACGAUGUGUUUCGUAUUGAGAAAGAGGGUGCUGUUUGGGGCCUCCAGGGGUUAAAGAAGGCUGUUGAGAAGGUGGAGGAGGCAUUGCCUGCUGUUUUGACGGGGGAGACGAAGGACAGUGGCAAAGAAGUGGAAGAGAGUGGAAAAGAGGACAAGAAGCCGAAAACUAAAGAGGAAGAAGUCCGCGAACGCAUCGAAUACACAGCCAAUUCAUCCUCCGACCAGAUCCUAGACUACGACAAACUCGUCAAGACGCUUACACCGCACGCAAAGCAACUCCCGUCAACACGCGAAACUCCCGCCUUCCAUCAUGAGGCAUUCUACGCGAAUUUAGCACACUAUCAUUCAAAACUACAAAACCAUGAGCCCUCCUUAGGGAAACAUCUCCUCUACGGCGAAGUCGUAACCUCCACCAACACGCUGCUCGAAAAGAACCCAACUCUCCUGCGCAACCUCCCCACAGGCUUUACCCUCACUGCAACACAGCAACUCGCUGGUCGGGGUCGUGGGUCUAAUGUCUGGGUAGCGCCGCCAGGAGCGCUUAUGUUCUCGACGGUCUUCCAUCAUUCGUUCACGCUCACGCAAUCCGCGCCUAUCAUCUUCAUUCAAUACAUAGCUGCCCUCGCCAUCGUUCAAGGCAUCAAGAACUACGCCCCAGGGUACUCGCGAAUCCCCGUAAAACUCAAAUGGCCAAAUGACAUCUACGCUCGUCUCCCUGGUUCACCGUCCAACCCCCUUGUCAAGAUUGGAGGCAUAUUAGUCAAUUCCAGCUACUCAGGGAGCAGCUACGACAUCGUCUGCGGCAUCGGCCUCAACCUCUCGAAUCCCCUCCCCACAACCUCGCUCAACCUCCUCGCCGCCAACUCCAACCCACCCCUAAAACCCUUCACACCGGAGAAACUGCUUGCCUCGAUCCUAUCACACUUUGAAUCUCUAUACAACGACUUCUGUAGACUAGGGUUCAGUAGGGAUAUGGAGGCAGACUAUUAUGAUAGCUGGCUGCAUACAGAUCAGGUGGUGACGCUGGAGACGCAUGAUGGCGCAAGAGCAAGGAUCAAGGGAAUUACGAGGGACUGGGGGUUACUGCUCGCGGAGGAGGUUGGAUGGGAGGAUCGCGGGACGGGGAGAGUGGUGGCGCUGCAGAGUGAUAGUAAUAGUUUUGAUUUCUUCAAGGGGCUGGUUAGGCGGAAGGUGUAG